AUGGACCUCAAGUUCCUGGAUAGAAGUCACCGUGGAGACGGCGUGGAUGCCGACCCAGCCCGCGCCCCUCUCCUGGGCGCCAGCCGCGCCCGCCCGCCCCGCCCUCACGUCCGCAGGAAGCUGCGUCCCGGACGUCUGGCGGGCUUCGUGGUCAGCCUGGUGGCGGUGUGCGCCGUCUUCUCUUGGAGUGCCUUGGCGUUGACCGCACCGUCGCCCCAGGAGCCGGGGCCGGCGGGCGAGGCGCCGGCGGGCGACCCGGUGCCCCGACGGACUCUCCUCCAGCACGGGAACCUCUCGGCCGGCCCGGCCCGGCCGCCCGUGGCCAUGGCCUCCUCCAUGAAGGAGGCGAGCACCGGGGACUACCCCACGGACUACUUCAGCCUGGAGGAGCGGCGGCAGGGGUACGUGUCGCUGCACAUGCUCGGCAUGCUCUACAUGUUCAUCGCCCUGGCCAUCGUCUGCGACGAGUUCUUCGUGCCGGCGCUCACGGUCAUCACGGAGAAGCUGGCCAUCUCCGACGACGUCGCCGGCGCCACCUUCAUGGCGGCCGGCGGCUCGGCCCCGGAGCUCUUCACCUCCGUCAUCGGGGUCUUCGUCUCCCACAGCAACGUGGGCAUCGGCACCAUCGUGGGCUCGGCCGUGUUCAACAUCCUGUUUGUGAUCGGGAUGUGCGCCCUGUUCUCAAGGGAGGUGCUGAACCUGACGUGGUGGCCCCUCUUCCGGGACGUGUCCUUUUACAUCAUCGGCUUGCUCAUGCUCAUCUAUUUCUUCCUGGAUAACGAGAUCUCGGUGGGCGAGAGCAUCAGCCUGCUCUCCUGCUACAUCUGCUACGUGACCUUCAUGAAGUUCAACUCCAACGUGGAGCAGUUUAUCAAGGGCAAGCUGGGCAGCAACCAGGUGGAGGAGGUGGAGGCGCCCAAGGUGACCGCAGCGACUGAGGACGAGAGCAAACUCAUGGCUAAGCCCAGGCUGCAGCGUGAGGGCAGCUGUGCGUCGCUGCACAACACUCUGAUGAGGAACAGCAUCUUCCAGCUCAUGAUCCACACUCUGGACCCCCUCAGCGGAGACGGACAAUUCAAAGAGAAGGCGUCUAUCCUCAACAAGAUGGCGAAGCAGCCCUGUAAAGAAGACACAGCCAACGGUGGAGUCUCGGCUGCUCGCCCCCUGGUGGAUGAUAAGAACAUCCCCAACAGAUCCAACGUGGCGGUGGAGGUCACGCCGCCCAACGGCAGCACCGGAGAGGAGGGAGGUGAUGAGGAGGAUGAGGACGAGGACCAGCCUCUCAGCCUGGCGUGGCCGGAGACCAACAGGAAGCGCAUCACCUACCUGGUGAUCCUCCCCAUCGUGCUGCCGCUGUGGCUCACCCUGCCCGACGUCCGGAGAGAGACGUCAGCCCGGUUCUUCCCGGUCACCUUCGUCGGAGCGAUCUGCUGGAUCGCCGCCUUCUCCUACCUGAUGGUCUGGUGGGCUCACCAGGUGGGCGAGACGUUCUUCAUCACGGAGGAGAUCAUGGGUCUCACCAUCCUAGCGGCUGGCACCUCCAUCCCGGACCUCAUCACCAGCGUCAUCGUAGCCCGCAAGGGUCUGGGGGACAUGGCCGUGUCCAGCUCUGUUGGGUCCAACAUCUUCGACAUCACUGUGGGACUUCCGUUCCCCUGGCUGAUCUACAACAUCCUGAACGACUUCAAGACGGUGCAGGUGAGCUCCAACGGCCUGUUCUGUGCCAUCGUGCUGCUCUUCAUCAUGCUCCUCUUCGUCAUCAUCUCCAUCGCCUCCUGCAAUUGGCGCAUGAGCAAGCUGCUGGGCUUAUUCAUGUUCCUGCUGUACUUCGUCUUCCUCGUGGUCAGUGUCAUGCUGGAGGACAAGAUCAUCGUUUGCCCCGUCACCGUCUGA